AUGGCUCCCGUCCAUCCCGACCCGAACAAAGAGAUUGCGGAAGAGAACUUGUCCCAUUUCGCGGAGCCGCCGCUGAUGUUAUCAUCAGACAUAAGUGGUCACGAGAAGCAGGUUCUCUUCAUAAGUACCGGUGCAGCUAACACACGCCCGGUGAGAGGCCCACGGCGUGACGAGGACGAGGACGAGGAGGAGGGGGACGAGGGGGAGGAGGAAGAAGGCGAGGAGGAGGAUGAGGAGGAGGAGUUGGCUGAUAAGCUGCACCUCCUCUUCGAUUUUAACGACCCCAAGGAACUCGAGGAGGAUAAGGAAUAUAAGCGGCGGUUUCUCCUCGAGCUAGUCGACUACGUCAAUUGCGGAACCAUGAAAUUCAACGAGGCGGUAUUCAAAGACAUCACGCGCAUGCUGGAGAUUAAUCUCUUCCGGCCGUUACCGCCGUCCGCGCCCGCGAUGUCCGGGUCGGAACCUAAGAACCCGAAGGAAGAGGAUCCGACUAUGGAAGCCGCGUGGUUGCACCUGCAAAUAGUCUACGAGCUGCUUAAGUAUGUCGUCUUUAACGAGACCGACCAGAGGCUAAAGCUUUUCGUCGACCAGCAGUUCAUCUUAAAGCUGCUGAACCUGUUCGACUCAGAGGACCCUCGCGAGCGGGACUAUUUGAAGAGCAUUUUACACCGGAUUUACUUAAAAUUCAUGGAUCAUCGGCAGUUCAUCCGCAAGGCGAUUAACGACAUCUUCGACCAAUUCAUCGAGUCGGAGCGGCACAACGGCAUUGUAGAGCUGCUGGAGCCCCUAGGGAGCUUUGUCAACGGGUUCGUGCUGCCUCUUGAACAGGAGCAUAAGCAGUCCCUGGAGCGAGUGCUGGUUCCGCUGCACAAGCCUAAGUGCGUAUCGAUGUACCACGAGCAGCUGUCGUACUGCAUCACCCAGUUUGUGGAAAAAGACCCGAAGCUCGCGGAUUUGGUGCUGCGCGGGUUGCUUAAGUUCUGGCCCUUAGCUAACAGCCAGAAUGAGCUGCUUUUCCUGGGGGAGUUGGAGGAGAUUCUGGAGCUCACUCAGGCGCCGGAGUUUGAGACAGUAAUGACGCCGCUGUUCCAGCAGAUUGCGCGCUGCCUCAGCUGGCACUUCCAGGUGGCAGAGCGCACACUGCGCCUAGAGAUGUUUCUGGACAUGGACAAGUGGCCAGAGAUGCUUAUGAUGAAUGCCAGCAACAAAUCCUCCCCUGGCCAAUGCAUGAGUGCUGUGGUGCCUUUGACACGCCUUAAAAAUCGCUGCAUGCAUGAUGCUCUCCCUCCUCUCCCCUUACCCACUCCCCCUCCUCCGCUCUCCUCCACAUUUCCACGUCUCUCCUCUCUCCAAGACUACUUUCCCCCCUCACUCUCCCCGUUCCACCCACCCUCCGCACUCGUUUCUGCCCAGGUAGUGAAAGAUCUGUCCAUCAAAGUUCGUAAGAUGUUUCUCGAGAUGGACGAGAUGGACACGAUGGCCGCAAUGGCCGCGAUGGCCGAGGAGGACGAGAAGGGCGAGGAGGACGAGAGCGAGGAGGGCGAGGAGGAUGAGGAGGGCGAGGAGCUCUACGUCGAUAAUCAGCGCCAGUUCCUAAAAGAAGAGGGUGCGAGAGAUUUAAUUCAUCAUUAA